AAGCCCUAAGACUGCAAAAACCCUAGUUUAUCUCUCUAAAACCCUAAUUCUCAUACUCUAAUUAACCAUGUCGUGAGUUAUUCAAUCAAAUACCUAGUUUCUCUCUCUGAAACCCUAGUUCUCAUACGCUGUAUCCUGGAUCGUUCCUGCAAAAUGCAAAGCAUUGUUGUAUUUGGUGGCCUCUUCUACUAUAGCCAUGAGAGAAUGAGUUGGGGCCUUGGCGGUAGUACCAACGAGCGCUAUGAUGAAGUCUCUGACUCCAUUCUCACCAAAGGGAGAGGAAUGGGGGAAGAAGUCAAGGGUGGUCCUGUGGUUCCAGAAUCUGUACUUAAGAAGAGGAAGAGAUCUGAGUCUUGGGCUUUGGCAAAGAAGACCGCCCUUGAAGCCAAGAAGAAGAAGAAUGCAGAAAACAGGAAGUUGAUAUUCAAAAGAGCUGAACAAUACAUGAAGGAAUACAAACAACAGGAGCUAGAACUGAUUAAGCUAAAACGGGAGGCCAAGUUGAAAGGUGGAUUUUAUGUCAACCCUGAGGCGAAAUUGCUUUUUAUCAUUCGCAUUCGUGGUAUCAAUGCCAUGCACCCGAAGACCAGGAAGAUCUUGCAGCUCUUGCGUUUGAGACAGAUAUUUAAUGGGGUCUUCCUCAAAGUGAACAAAGCUACUAUGAACAUGCUUCAUAGGGUUGAGCCCUACGUGACAUAUGGGUAUCCUAAUUUAAAGAGCGUUCGGGAAUUGAUUUACAAGAGGGGCUAUGGAAAAUUGAGAAAUCAGAGAACUGCUUUGACUGACAAUUCCAUCAUUGAAGAGGCCUUGGGGAAAUACGGUAUCAUAUGCGUUGAAGAUCUCAUUCACGAGAUCAUGAAUGUUGGCCCUCAUUUCAAGGAGGCCAACAACUUCCUCUGGCCUUUCCAACUCAGUGCUCCCCUGGGGGGUCUUAAGAAGAAAAGAAACCAUUAUGUGGAAGGUGGGGAUGCUGGAAAUCGUGAAGAUUAUAUCAACGAGCUCAUCCGAAGGAUGAAUUAGGGAUAGAGAGUGCUCCUAAAAUCUUUUCUAUUGUUUUAUUGAGUUUAGACCAUGAACUGCAGGUGUUGUUUUCUUCUUGUUCUAAAGCUAUGAGAAUUUUUGACAUUUACUGUAUUAUUGGGGCUCCUGCCAUUUUGUGGCAGCCGAUUUGUCAGUAACAACCAUCAAAGGAACUAUGAAUUUUGGCCUGUACUUGAGAAAAUUCAUACAUUCAGAAACAGGCUGCGCAUCUC